AUGACGGUCAAUAGAUACCAGCUCGUACAGCGACUUCGGGAACAUUUCUGGACGAGAUGGACUAAAGAUUAUCUCGCUACUCUCCAGCAACGUAUCAAGUGGAAAACCAGUAAGGGAUCCAUCAAGAUCGACGACCUAGUCCUUGUCAUGGACGAUCAGCUGCCACCAAUGAAAUGGCUACUAGGGCGCAUCGUGAAACUGUAUACUGGAAAUGAUGGAGUCUGCAGAGUAGUCGACCUAAAAACGAAGAACGGCAUUAUCAAGCGAGCCGUAUCAAGGCUAUCAGCCUUAGAAGGAUUAGGCUCCCAUGAGCCUCUUGAAAGCUAG